UCAGCUGAAGUUCUCCAGCUCCUGAGUGUCGUAGCAGAGCAGAAGUGUUUGGGACGUCCCUGCAGCCUGCGUCGAUGCCUGCUCCUCUCCGCUGAGACUCAGGAGCGGAGGCUCAGUGUAGGAGGCGUUCCCCGCUGCUGGAAAGUGUUGUUUUAUUUGUUCUCUGCGCAACCCGAGCGCACUCUCUUAACUCCGGUGGACACGUGUCGGGAAUGGCCUUUCACUCACGCCUGGCCGAUAUAGAGGAAACGUCGCACUUGUUAAUGAUGAACGAUCGUGCACGCUCGGACACCGCGGACUCUUGCGUGUGUCCGAGCACGGCCGAGCUCAGCAAGGCGGUGUCCGUUUCCCUUGGGCUGGAUCCGGCGUCUUCUCCACCGAGCCACUGCUCCGGCGGCGGCUUCCAGGACUGCGAGCCCUCCUCCCCCGCGGGGAACGGCACUUCUUCCCGGGCGGUGUCUGAGUUCGGAUCGGCCGCCCACGCCAGCUCUCUGACGGAGGACGACUUUGGGAAAGUGUGCCACGGCAUCCAGCAGGUGAGCUGCAUGGACAUGCUCCGAGCGGGCGAGAUCCUGGACUUGGCGCACGGCUCCGUGACGCACGGCCCGGUGAUCUCCAGAUACGUCUGCAAGGAGACCAACUUGUUCGCCAGCUCCGUGAUGGAGCUGCCCGCGUCCUCUCAUGGAGACGACCUCCUGCCCUUCCAGAAGCACUACUCUGCCCACCCGGACCACCCGAACCCGCACAGGGACUCUCCGGGCGGGUGGUGUGCCAGCGAGCGCGCGUACGGCGGCCGAUCCGAGCCGGAGAGAGGCGGAUCCGCUGGACAUAACUUGUUGGGCAAAUACUGUCAUUGUGGGCAAACCGGUCUCGGGUCCAGACAGGAAUGCCACUGUGUCUGGUAUGGAAAGGGCGAGCAGCAGUGUGGCAGAGGGGGCAUGCGGGGCGCGAUGGCACAAGGAUACGGCCAAGUGGAAAGAUACCACAGUGCGAUGGCUCCAGGACAAGCCACUUUCCCCACUAUCAAGACGGAGCCGUCCGUGUGGGUGGACUGCUCAGAUCGCACCUUCAGGCAUGACAAUUUGUUUCCAGGUGUGUACCUGUCCGACAGAAGAGUGUGUCAGGUGUGCAGCGACGAUGCCUCUGGUUGUCACUAUGGAGCAGUCACCUGUGGCAGCUGCAAAGUGUUCUUCAAGAGGGCUGCUGCAGGUAAGCAGAACCACCUGUGCGCCAGCCGGAACGACUGCACCAUCGACAAGCUGAGGCGGAAAAACUGCGCCUCCUGCCGCCUCAAGAGAUGCUUCAUGUCGGGAAUGAGCCUUAAAGGUCGCCGGCUGAAGGGAGCCGCACAGACAAGGAACGGAGAGGAGGAGCUACCUUUCGCCGCCUGGGGGUCCGGAGACAGACGAGAGAGGACAGGGAAGAAAGAUGUUAUCUUGGAUCCCGGAAGUGCAGCUGCCAGGGCUCAAGGUGCGUCCCAGGUCCUGGCUCUGAGCAUACCCCCGACCCUGCGCUCCUGCCUAUCGCUGCUCAGCAUCCUGCAGGCCAUCGAGCCAGCUGUGGUCAAUGCCGGACAUGACCACGCCCAGCCAGACAGCCCUGCGUCACUACUCACCAGCCUCAAUGAGCUCGGGGAGAGACAGCUGGUAACGGUGGUGCGUUGGGCCAAGGCCAUACCAGGUUUCCGUGACCUGCAUGUGGAUGAUCAGAUGUCAGUGAUUCAGUUGUCAUGGAUGGGGGUGAUGGUGUUCGCUUUGGGCUGGAGGUCGUACACACUUACUAACAGCUCCAUGCUCUACUUUGCUCCAGACCUAGUCUUCAAUGACCACCGGAUGCAAGUGUCCAGUAUGUAUGAACACUGUGUGCGAAUGAAGCUGCUCUCCCAGAGGUUCUGCAUGCUGAAGGUCACCCAAGAGGAGUUCCUGUGCAUGAAGGCCCUGGUCCUCUUCAGCAUCAUGCCAGUGGAGGGUCUAAAGAGCCAACGUUGUUUUGAUGAACUGCGGACCUCCUACAUCAAGGAGCUGGACCGUUUGGCCAGCCACAGCGGAGAGACCACCCGUACACAGAGGCUGUUUCAGCUCACACAGCUGCUGGACUACCUCCAGUCGGUCGUGAGGAAGCUGCACCAGUUCACCUACGAUCUCUUCAUCCAAGCUCAGUCCCUGCAGACGCGUGUCAACUUCCCAGAGAUGAUCUCGGAGAUUGUGAGCGUGCACGUGCCCAAGAUCCUCUCCGGCAUGGUCAAGCCCAUCCUUUUCCACAAUACGGCCUAGAGUUAGAAAGAGAGAGAGAGGGAGAGAGAGAGAGAGAGAGAGAGUGAGUCCCUACACCUAGUCCUCCGAGAGAGGAUUCAUGAUUUUACGAGGUGAAAGAAGUAUAAGCCCCUCUUUACAGCGAGGCUACGAGUGGGUUUUAACAGAGGGGAAUACAGCACAUUCUUCCAGCCUAAUCUAAUCUAGUUACAUCUACUCUGUUCUUCUUGCUGCCUGUUCUCUGUGUCCCGCACAGCAAAUGUUUCUGGAGCUGAUUAAAACACUAUUUAGCAUGCAUUCCUCCACGCAAAGCCUGUGAGUGGCCACUGGUCUGGCACGUAGUCUUCCUCAGCCCUUCGUACAGAUUGUGACAAGAGGCCAUGUUUCAUUCUGAGAGGUAAGACAGUAGAAAGGAAAGCUUUUCUCUUUUUUUUUUCUUCUUGUAGAACUCACAUCACCGUAGCUUGUGUGUGUUUGCCGUAGUUUGACAUUUUGACUGGCUUUAUUUUGUUUCUUCCCCACAAUGAAUGUUAUUGUGCGCACCUUAGAUGAACACAGUCGUUGAGUGACAGUUAAUAAUAGACGGUUGAGACAUGCAUGCUAAGAGGCAGCGCCAUAUGAAGACUUUUCUGAAAGCUGCUCUCGUCUGUAGGUUUAACAGUCGACUGGAUCAAGGUGACGACAAAUGAAAUGCACUUUUGAGAGUUACAGUGUUGAUGUUAAUGUUUAAAAAUGUAUAUUUGUCAAAAUGUCACAGCAGAAACAACAAAGAAAGCAAUGUGAAACAAACUCAACAUUCUUCGAUGACUAUAUAGUGACUUCAUUUUUUAAAAGUUUAAUUGUUUCUGAGUGUCAAAAUGUUACAGAUUUUCCAGAGUGGGCAUUUCAUACUGUUUUAACUUUUCUACAGUUUCUUAAAGUGUUCUUUGCAGGUGUUUCGUUGUGUAUCAUCAUGUCGUAGCUUUUUGACAGUUUUGCUAAACGUCCAAUGAAUCUGCUCAUUUUUGUUGCAACAUUUACUGCCCAACAUGUAAUAAAACUGAAGCAUGA